GUUUAUUUUUGGGAUGAAUUGCUCUAUUUGAGCAUUCUCCCGCUGACCAAAAUAUCAAUUUGCUGUUUCUACCUUCGUAUCUUCCCUGAUCGGACGUUCCGGAAAGCAACUUACGUGGCGAUUGCAUUGAAUGUGGGCUACUGGAUUGCCUUUGUCUUGAUCUCGGUGUUCCAGUGUCGACCUCUACCCGGAGCGUGGCACCGCUGGUAUGAAGAGGAGAAGUAUAAGUGCAACCAUAUCAACGCACAGGGCUGGGCAGCGGCAGUGCUCAACAUGGUCCUUGAUAUAAUUGUCAUGGUGCUUCCACUGCGCCAGCUAUACCGUUUAAACCUUUCGGUCAAACGAAAAUCAUUUGUGAUAUGCAUGUUUAGCCUGGGUAUUUUUGUCACUCUUGUCAGCAUCCUGCGGCUUAAUUCACUCAUUCACUUUGCUUCCACCACUAACCUAACAUGGGAUUACGUGACAGUUGGGUAUUGGAGUACUAUUGAAUGCGAUGUUGGCGUUAUAUGUGCGUGUCUGCCGGCCAUUAGAUCCUUACUACGACGUGUAUCCCCCGGACUCUUUGGCGAUACUGAGCCGGCCAAAUCAUCAUAUGCUAUGAACUCCCAUUCCCGUGGGAAUGGGUCCCAAUUUGCAGGUAUCCCUGCGCAGAGCAAGAAUGCUGACCGGCAAUUCUACCCACUUGAUGAAGUGGACACGUCUGAUGAAGCCCGGCUACAUCACCCCCACCCGGUGUAG